AUGCCUGAACGAGCCACCUUCGCCGACUCCCCCCAAACAUACCAAGCCACCCUCCGCAGCCUCUUCUCCGGCUCCCCCCAAGACACCGAAACAGACCUAUCCAGAAUCUUAUCACCCACGUUCCACUUCACCGCCAACGCCGCCGAAAAGUACGACUUCGCCGGCUUCGUCGAGCACAUUCGGCGUCUGCGCGAGAUGAAGCUCUCUGUCGAUCUCACGACGGUGGAGUUUCUGCGGGAUGGGAAUCUACUCGCCGAGCGACAUGUCUCGACCACCGUGUUGCAAGAUGGGAAGAAAAUGUCCGCUGAGACGUUUAUGUUUGCGGAGAUUGCGGGGGAUGGGAGGAUUGCUUGGAUUAAAGAGGCUGUUCAGUCGAGGGAUGAGUGA